AUGUCUCCAUCUCACACCCCUCUAGUUCUGCGCCUGCUGCGCAAGAAAGACAAGACGCAGAAGGAUGGCGCGCUGAGCCUGAGUGAUUCCGAUUCACAGAUGACUUUGGUUUCAAGAAGAUCAUACAAGUACACGAGGGAUGCCCCGCGGACCAGGGAACAACAGUACAACGGUACGUAUGCCACCAGGAGAGCUAAAUACGAGCUAUGCUGA